AGCUAGCCGGAGCCCCGGGCGUGUGCUGCGAGUCGGGGUCGGGUUGAGGAACGCGGUGCGGGAGGCGCGUCCCCCUAGCUCCUCCGCAGCCGCCCUUCGCGGCUCGAGUACCCCACUUCCUUCCCUCUCUUCCCCUGCGUUCUGGUCUGGGGGUCUCGGGGCAGGGAGCUGAGGGAAGGAACUAAAGAGGAGGAGGCGAAAGCGGAGCGAGGGGCAGAGAGGGUCCCGGCGCGGGGCACAGCGCGCGCUGCCUCUUGCUCUCCCGCUGGAACCGCCGCCUCCUCGCCCGGGGCGCCCGCACUAUGCAGGCGGACUGCCGGCCACCGCGAUGGGGAGCCGGGCGGUGAUGAGAGCCGGGCGCAGCCCUCACCGUUUCCGAGUCCGGGCCGCGGCCGCCGCCCCCGCCCGGGCCGCGCUACCCCUCUCCCGCCCUCUCCCUCCCCGCUCCAACUCCUCCUCCUCCUUCCCCAUGCCUCUGUUCCUCCUGCUCCUACUUAUCCUGGUCCUGCUGCUCGAGGACGCCGGAGCCCAGCAAGGUGAUGGAUGUGGACAUACUGUACUAGGCCCUGAAAGUGGAACCCUCACGUCCAUAAACUACCCACAGACCUAUCCCAACAGCACCGUUUGCGAAUGGGAGAUCCGUGUAAAGAUGGGGGAGAGAGUGCGCAUCAAAUUUGGUGACUUUGACAUUGAAGAUUCUGACUCUUGUCACUUUAAUUACUUGAGGAUUUAUAAUGGCAUUGGAGUUAGCAGAACUGAAAUAGGCAAAUACUGUGGUCUGGGAUUGCAGAUGAACCAUUCAAUUGAAUCAAAAAGCAAUGAAAUUACAGUGCUGUUCAUGAGUGGAAUCCAUGUUUCUGGACGAGGAUUUUUGGCCUCAUACUCAGUUAUAGAAAAACAAGAUCUGAUUACUUGUUUAGACACUGCAUCCAGUUUUUUGGAACCUGAAUUCAGUAAGUACUGCCCAGCUGGUUGUCUGCUUCCUUUUGCUGAGAUAUCUGGAACAAUCCCUCAUGGAUAUAGAGAUUCCUCGCCCUUGUGCAUGGCUGGUGUGCACGCAGGAGUAGUGUCAAACAUUUUGGGUGGCCAAAUCAGUGUUGUAAUUAGUAAAGGUAUCCCGUACUAUGAGAGUUCUUUGGCUAACAACGUCACGUCUGUGGUGGGACACUUAUCUACAAGUCUUUUUACAUUUAAGACAAGUGGUUGUUAUGGAACACUGGGGAUGGAAUCUGGCGUGAUUGCCGAUCCUCAGAUAACAGCAUCAUCUGUGCUGGAGUGGACUGACCACACAGGCCAAGAGAACAGCUGGAAACCCGAAAAGGCCAGGCUGAAGAGACCUGGGCCUCCUUGGGCUGCUUUUGCCACUGAUGAAUAUCAGUGGUUACAAAUAGAUCUGAAUAAAGAAAAGAAGAUAACAGGCAUUGUAACCACUGGCUCCACCAUGGUGGAACACAAUUACUAUGUGUCAGCUUACAAAAUUCUGUACAGUGAUGAUGGACAGAGAUGGACUGUCUACAGAGAACCUGGUGUGGAGCAGGAUAAGAUAUUUCAAGGAAACAAAGAUUAUCACCAGGAUGUGCGUAAUAACUUUUUGCCACCAAUUAUUGCACGUUUUAUUAGAGUGAAUCCUACGCAAUGGCAGCAGAAAAUUGCCAUGAAAAUGGAACUGCUUGGAUGUCAGUUUAUUCCUAAAGGUCGUCCACCAAAACUUACUCAACCUCCACCUCCUCGGAACAGCAAUGACCUCAAAAACACUACAGCCCCUCCAAAAAUAGCCAAAGGUCGAGCCCCAAAAUUUAUUCAACCACUACAACCUCGCAGUAACAAUGAGUUUCCUGCACAGACGGAGCAAACAACAGCCACUCCUGAUAUCAAAAAUACUACCGUGACUCCAAGUGUCACCAAAGACGUAGCCUUGGCUGCAGUCCUAGUCCCGGUGCUUGUCAUGGUGCUCACCACCCUCAUCCUCGUAGUAGUGUGUGCUUGGCAUUGGAGAAACAGAAAGAAAAAAACCGAAGGCACCUACGACUUACCUUACUGGGACCGGGCAGGUUGGUGGAAAGGAAUGAAGCAAUUUCUCCCUGCCAAAUCAGUGGAACACGAGGAAACCCCUGUUCGCUACAGCAGCAGUGAAGUUAAUCACUUGAGUCCAAGAGAAGUUACCACGGUGCUGCAGACGGAUUCUGCAGAGUAUGCACAACCACUUGUGGGAGGAAUUGUUGGCACCCUUCAUCAGAGAUCCACCUUUAAACCAGAAGAAGGGAAAGAAGCAAGUUAUGCUGACCUAGAUCCUUACAACUCCCCGGUCCAAGAAGUCUACCAUGCUUAUGCCGAACCACUGCCGAUUACCGGGCCCGAAUAUGCAACCCCAAUCAUCAUGGAUAUGUCUGGGCACCCCCCAGCUUCAGUUGGUCUUCCCUCAACGUCCACUUUCAAAGCUACAGGGAACCAGCCUCCCCCUGUGGUGGGAGCCUACAACACUCUUCUCUCCAGGACCGACAGCUGCUCGUCCGCCCGCGCCCAGUAUGACACCCCAAAAGGUGGGAAACCAGGUGCCAGUGCCCCAGGCGAACUGGUGUACCAGGUGCCACACAGCACACAGGAGGCCUCAGGGGCCGGGGGGGAUGGUGAAUGUGAUGGUUUUAAAGAGACUCUUUGAAGGGGAUGCUGCUUGUUAUAGAGCAUGGUUGUAAAGCACAUGGCCUUUCUUGUGUGUUAGUGGUAGUAAUGUAGAGAAUGUAUUACCUGUCUGUCACAGCUGCGGUUGGGGAAAACGGGAGGACCGAGGUACAGGGAACUGCUAAUCUUGCCAUCUUGCUUUAAGAGCGUUACUGUGGCAGUGACGGCUUGCCUGUUAAAUUUCAAACAUCCUGUUUGUUACUACUGUAAAACACGAUUUUUUAAUACAGAAAAAGCUCCCUACUAUGCACUUCAAAGAAAUUAAAAAUCACUGAGAGUAUUUAUUACCAAUGCUGCAGGUACAUUGAUGAACUCGAGGUGGCUCUGUACGCCUGACUGGCAAUAACGCGUGGUACUGUUCUUGAAAUGUCUAAUGGCUUGAAAUGUUGCUCUUUGUGAAAGGUGGGUACUGUCAUGAGUUCUUUCUCUUCUAUUCCUAUAUUCCCUAUGGACUUUUUUCAAAACUUGGUGAUAGAAUCAUCGUUUUGGUCGCAGCCGUACUUACCUAUCUUUCCUUAGGAAGGUCUAAGUGGGAAACUGACUUGUGAAGGGCGGGGUCGUGGAUUUUUCACUUUUUG